AUGACAAAGAUAAAGAUUAACUCCGUCGAGGCUAACUUGAGGUAUCGUCGACACUUCAGUUUCACAAAACAAGGAAGGAAAAUCUUCUGGAAGCUCGUUCCAAAACACGAGAAUACGUUAAUAGCACAAGCAUAUAUUCCUCACAAUCGAGAGCAGAAACGAUCUCUUAAGAUUGGCUACACUCACAACGUCAAAAGACUCAAGCUGACAGUUGCCGAGGCAUCACAGGAUGGGUCUCCCAAGUUGGAGGGUGUAAAUGUGGCUGCACCAUCUCUCACUAGGCACCCAAGUGCCUCUUCUGUUGGUACUGUGAGUGGUGCUAGUAACACACACACAGCACCACUCUCGCAAAUAUACGACCAAGAUACCACUUUGGCUGGGACAAGCGAGGCUGUGGCUGGGACUGUUGGUACAGAUACCACUUUGGCUGGGACAAGCGAGGCUGUGGCUGGGACUGUUGGUACAGAUACCACUUUGGCUGGGACAAGCGAGGCUGUGGCUGGGACUGUUGGUACAGAUACCACUUUGGCUGGGACAAGCGAGGCUGCGACUGGGGACCCCUCGGUUAUUAUCUCGGACUUACUGAGUAAGUCGCUCUCUGUCCGGCUGAGGAAGCUUGAUGAUGCUGAAAUGCUGGAGGGAGUUAAUUGGUUCCACAAACGUAAGACCAACGAGCCUCCAAACUACUUGAAAUAUGAGGACGAUGAUGUGCACACUGACUCAGAGAGCAACACGUGUGAUGACUUGGUUGUUGUGAAAGAAGAGUUAAUGGAAGCCGAAGAUAAGGCAAGUAAGGACCACGGUGACUACUCACAUUUCCACAGUGUGGCCGAUUCAAACUAUCUACUCCAGAACACUAUCCAGGGUAAUAGUACUUUGGAACGCGAUCCUCUUGAGGUGAAGGAGUCGCCCUGCUCUGUGUCAAGUGUCUUCACCAUACCAAAUAGUGAUGAUUUUGGGAAUAUCACUGAAGAGAACGCUUGUAUCAAGAUUGACAACAGUGAUAAUAACUGGAUUGGACAAAGAACGAAUGGUGGUACUGCAGGCACAAUUGACGAAGGUUGUGUUAAUAAUGAGAGCGAUGGGAGUACAUGCAGUAGGGACAGUGCUGCUUUUGUGUCCAAUGAUGGAGAUCAACACCUGGACAACAGCUGCAUUCGUUACGAAAGUUUUGCCUCACGACGGUUCCCAAGUGACAAAGCUCACUUCAUUGAACCUCUUAAUACGCAGGAGAAGCAGUUCGUCAUUUUAAAAGGACCGUGUCAGCCACCAGGACCAUUUCCAUUUAUAUCUAAAGAGGAAAAACUGAGUUUCUCGGAGUCUCACUACACCAUGAUAAGCAGAGCCGGGAUGAAACUCAAGAGAGCGUGGCUCUGCUACUCGGCAGCGUUAGACUGUGCAUACUGUCAGGCAUGUUGGCUUUUUUCAACCACGAAUCGAGAGGAUGCUUGGGUGAAGGGAGUGCGUGACUGGGGUCAUAUUUCUGCUGAAAUUGAAAAGCACGAAAACUUGACCAGCCAUCUCCAGUGCUGCAUAAUUCAAGAGCAGUGGCGCCUGAACAAGACUCUGACAGAGGAAGUGGAAAAGGCUAUGAGGAUGGAAGCACUUUUCUGGAGACAAGUUCUUGAGAGAAUAAUCAACACCACAUUGACAUUGUUCACCUCCAACCUAUCAUGUGGGAGCCACAAAGAACCUGAAGGCAAAAGUGACAGUCCGGGAAAUUCCCUUGCCAUUAUAUCCCUACUGUCCAAAUAUGACCCCGUGCUUAACAAAUUAUUGAGUAUGCCAGAUGCUACAGUUACGUAUCUGACUCAAACAAUACCGAUUGAACUGAUAGGCAUGAUUUCCAAAAGCAUCAGAGAAGACAUAAUAAAAGAUGUCGAUGCAGCGCCGUUCUUUUCAGUGAUAAUGGACUCUACACAAGAUCUUGGGAAGACUGACCAACUCAGUCAGGUUGUUCGCUACGUUUCUGUCCGCACUGAUCAGAAUGGUAAACCAGUAGAGAUACAAAUCAAGGAAUCAUUUUUGGGGUUCGUGCAGAAUAAUACUCAAUCUGGGGCUGGACUAAACAUCUCAAAGCUUCGCGGUCAAGCCUAUGACGGAGCUGCUUGCAUGAGUGAAGCGUAUGAGGGAUUGCAAGCUGAACUUAAUGCUCUACAACCCAAGGCUGCAUAUAUCCAUUGUGCUGCUCACAACUUAAAUCUAGUCCUGAAGGAUGCUAUGUCGGAUGUACUGGAAGUACAGAAUUUCUUUGGCAUAGUUGAAAAUAUAUACUACUUUUUUGCUAGCAGUCUUAGUCGAUGGAACAAACUCUGUUUAUUUUUACCCAACUCUAGUAUCAAUUUACGUAAAAUGUGCCCAAAGAAAUGGUCAUCAUGGUAUGACACACUAUUGGCUCUUCGCUAUCGUUUGGCAGAUAUACUCAAACUUCUAAGCAACAUCAUUCUCCUGGGCAAGACGAAAGAUGACGUGUCUGAAGCAACUGCUCUUAAGUCAAAAAUUGAGCAAUUUGAGUUUGUCUUUCUUACUGUAUUACUUACUAAAAUUUUAGACUCGAUUGGUUGCGUCUCGCUGUUACUAAGUUCUUCACAAUGUGAUCUCAGCAAAGCUGCGGAACUUUUUCAAAUGUCUUGUGUUGCUUUGCAGGAGACCAGAAGCCAGUAUGAUUCCAUCCGAAAAACCUCAGUCGAAAUUGCCAAAACUUGGGGCAUAUCGGACUGCUUUGAAGAGCGCCAAGCACCAAGCGUGAAGACAUUUUCUGUCGGGCUCUGUGAUGACAAGAGAACAAUAUCUGGUGAGAAAAGAUUCAAGGUCAAUGUGUUUUAUCCUACGCUGGACAUAGCCUGCGUACAGACUAAACAGCGUUCCGAAAGUCUGACUCGUGUAGUCACUACAUUCAAAGCUCUUCACCCAUCAGUACUAAUGUCGGCAACUGACAGCGAGCUGUUGGCAGCUGGGGAUAUUCUAGCUAAUCGAUACAACACAGACUUGUCAUCCUCUUUACCUUUCCAACUUCUCUCUUUUCGAUCGUGUAUCAAACAAGAACUUGCCAAGAUGUCGACAAUUCAAGAAAUAGCUUCACUUUUAAUGGUUGAAAAGUAUUUUCUUUCGUCAAGUUUUCCUGAUAUCUACACUGCAUGCAUGCUGUUUCUCACCUUACCAGUUACCGUGGCGCCGUGCGAGAACUCUGUGUCUAAACUGGACCAAAUUAAGAACUAUCUGAGGAACACAGCAUUCACAGAGCAGCUGGAUGAUCUGGCCUUGUUAUCAAUUGAGAAGGAAUGGGCAAAGAAGGUGAAUGUGUCAAAAAUAAUUGACAUUUACACUGAUGCGAGUGCAAGGAAGACACUACGGCAAUAGGUGAGUUUGUGCAUUUCUUUAUACAUAGAGUAAUUUUUUAAUGGAAAGACAGAUAACCAUGCAGAUGGCUUUGGAUUGGUUUCAGGAGUGUGGCUGGACUAUUUCUUGAUUGAAUUAGGUUUUAUAACUUCUUUUGCUUCCUGAAGAUGUGCCGUUAAAUGCCCGGUCUUUAUGCCAUUUGUUGACACAAUCAUUUCUGUAUAAGUGAUGAGGCUCCCGGACCUGGUCGGAGUAAAGGUUCUGGUUUACAGGCUCCCUCAAUCUGUGGAGCUCCUUUUUGUGACUGAGAGCAAGCAGGCUGGCAUUGCCUCUUUCAAGGAUGCCUAUCAAUCUCUUCGGACAGUUUGUAGGGAGAAGCACCGGGAACAGUUUGGGGGAAGAU